AUGGCCAAGAAAUCAAAAUCUCGUACCAUCGCCGUCCGGCUGAUCUCAAUGGCUAUGACGGGUUAUUACCGUACUAUGAUCCGUCCGCGUGCGCACCGCCCCCUCAGCAUGCUGAAGUACGACCCUGUCGUGAAGAAAACUGUUCUCUUCCUUGAAGCGACCAAGGGUGGAAAAGCAAAAUAA